GUUGUUAUUGAAAGGGAUUUUUAAAAAUAAUUUCGGUUUGUACAUGAGAGAGCUGUUUGGGAAAGCAGAGGGGCGGGGUUUGCAUGCCUUGAAUUAUUCAGGCAGCCAAUAGGAAGCGCCAGAUCCGCGUGAUUGACAGGCACGGCCCCUGCAGGACGCACCGCCCCCCUAUGACUCUGUGUUUUAUUCCUUUUUUUAGAGCAGCAGGCUACAGCGUCACAUGUUGUUUUUCUCCAGGAUCAGAUCAGUCUCUGGUCUGGUCCGACUGCACUGUUGCUUCAACCGUGGCGCGCAGCGGACACAGAUAUCGGUGUCUGCGAUGGAUUAGAGCGCAAUAAAAGAGGUUCAGUUUUUAUUUGCACCGAGUUAAAAAAGAAAGAAGAAGAAGAAGGAGUUUGCUUAUCUGGAACUUGAAAAAGAGAAGAGAGAAAUGGCAAGUCCUCCGGCGGCUGGAGGACACCUGUUAUCUAAUGGGACGAGCGGCGUGAAGAAGUGCGGAUACCUGAGGAAGCAGAAACACGGACACCGGCGCUUCUUCGUGCUGCGGGAGCCGACCGAGCGCUGCCCUGCCCGGCUGGAGUAUUACGAGAGCGAGAAGAAAUGGAGGAACAAGUCCGCCGCCAAACGGGUCAUAACUUUGGACUCGUGUCUGUGCGUAAACAAGCGGGCCGACGCCAAACACAAGCACCUCAUUGCCCUCUACACCAAGGACGAGUACUUCGCCGUGGCUGCGGACAACGAGCAGGAGCAGGAGAGCUGGUUCACGGUCCUGACCGAUCUCAUAGCCGAGGGGAAAAUGUACGACAGCCCCGCGUCCACCUCCUCUCUCGUGGGCUUUGAGGAAGCCAGCUACGGACUCAUUACUCCUGCAACAGCUGCCUACAAGGAGGUAUGGCAGGUCAACUUGAAAUCCAAAGGCUUGGGUCAAAUCAAGAACCUCACUGGAGUGUACCGGCUGUGUUUGUCCAGCCGGACCAUCAGCUUCGUCAAACUGAACUCAGAAACAGCUGCUGUCAGUUUACAGCUCAUGAACAUCAGGAGAUGUGGCCACUCGGACAGCUUCUUCUUCAUAGAGGUGGGGCGGUCCGCGGUCACCGGGCCCGGAGAGUUCUGGAUGCAGGCGGAGGACUCGGUGGUGGCGCAGAACAUCCACGAGACCAUCCUGGAGGCCAUGAAGGCCAUGAAGGAGCUGUCAGAGUUCAGGCCGCGGAGCAAGAGCCAGUCGGCCAGCACCAACCCCAUCUCUGUGCCCACACGACGCAACCUCAACAACCUCCCCCCCAGUCAGACCGGCCUGGUGAGGAGAUCCAGGACUGAUAGCAUGGCGGCCACGUCCCCAGGGAGGAAGCUCACAUCCUGUCGGAUAAGAACGGCCAGCGAGGGGGACGGAAGCGUGACCCGGCCCGUGUCCAUGUCCAUAUCUGUGACCGGAAGUCCCACCAGUCCAAACUCUGGGAACCACCUCAUCAGGUCCCACACGCUCAGCAGCAGCGGGCGCACCUGCAGGAUGCUGGAGUCCGCCUCCAACCUGCACCACAGCCGCUCCAUGCCGGUGUCCAACUCGCCGCCGGGCACCUCCAGCCCCAUCAGCAUGUCGCCCAAAGGUGGCGCCGGAAUCUGCACUCCUGACAAAGCCAGGCGGCCGUUCAGCUGCAGCGCCUCCAUCUCCGGCUCCCUCAGCGAUACCGGCUUCAUGCUGUGUGACGACUACAGCUGCAGCCCAGGUGAGCAACGGUUCCUCCCGCUGACCCGCAGCGACACCCCGGACUCUCUGUCCAGCACGCCGCCAUCCCGGGACAUCAGCGACCCCUGUGGCUACAUGAUAAUGGAGAGCGGAAGUGGCAGCAGGUCAAGAGCCGGGUAUGACAGCCUGGCGUAUGACAAGGCUUACAGGAAGAGGACGCACUCCCUCACCACGCCACGCCAACAGAGAGUGGUGGCGCCGCUGUCCUCGGCCUCCCUGGACGAGUACACUCUCAUGAGGAUGGCUCACGGGCAGAACUCUCACUCCGCCUCGCCCAAAGUCAGCUACCCAGAGGAUUAUGGAGACAUUGAGAUCGGGUCAUCCCGGAGCUCCAGUAGUAACCUUGCAGACGAUGGCUACAUGCCAAUGACACCAGGUGUGGCGGCUCAGUCUGGCAAGCUGGACAACUACGUCCCCAUGAGCCCCAUGUGCGUCUCGGCGCCAAAGCAGAUCGUGAACCCGAGGGUGCAUCCUCAGGCGGCCAAGACCAGCUCUCCCUGCAGCAGCUCCCUGGAGGACAACGGCUACAUGAGGAUGUGGUGCGGCUCCAAGUCCUCCAUGGAGAGCCCCGACAGGAACGGUGAAUACAUGAACAUGUCACCUGGAAACCCACCUCCACUCCAGACCCCCCCAGACUACUACCUGGGCCUGCUGGCUGCUGAGGCUCCGCCAGUGAGGUCAGCAUACCAGGCCGGAUCCCUCACACUCCCUGCUAAGCUCCAGGCCUCUAAGACCGAGGAGAGCAGCCAGUAUGUGCUGAUGAGCCCUCAGAGUUUGAGGCAGAGGGCGGCCGAGUCGGACUAUUAUUCAGUGAUGCAGCCCAGUGCCUCCCCGCUGCUCCCGUCUCCGGUGAGGCACGGCCGGGCGGAGAGCCUGCCCUACAGAGGGAGGCUCGGCAGGCCCAACAGGUUAUCCCUGGACACCCUGAGGACCCUGCCCAGCAUGAACGAGCACCCCUUACCCGGAGAGCCCCGGAGCCCCGGAGAAUACAUCAACAUCGACUUUGGUGGCGCCAGAUUCUCCCCGCCCUCCCUGGUGUCCACGGAGAGCCAGUCCUCAUCACUGGGAUCCACUGGGGGGGGUCCGGGGAGGUCCUCCCUGUCAGACUACAUGAACCUGGAGCUGGGCUCACACUCGCCCAAGGAGGCUGACACCCCCGCCGAGCGGCUGGGCACGCUCCCAGAGCUGUCCAUGUGCUCCGAGGAGGACGGGGUGUACCAUCUGGACGGGGAGAAGGGCUCUCAGGGCCUCGGAGACGACGAGGUGAAAAACGACUACACCGAGAUGACGUUUGGGAUGACGAGCUCGCCUCCACAGCUGGUUCCUCAGAACACCGCCAGCAGUCAGAGCAGCAGGGAGAGGAGGCUGUCUCUGGAGGACCAGGGGGUCCCAGAAAGCAUUGGGGUCUUCCUGCUGGAGGCCAGCUCGUCCUCCACCGUGGACCCCGACUGCUCCGCCAAGGUGAUCCGGGCCAACCCUCAGGGCCGCCGGCGCCACAGCUCCGAGACCUUCUCCUCCACGGCCACGGUGACGCCGGUCUUCCCGUCUUUCGCUCGCGGCGACGCGGUGAAGCGCCACAGCUCGGUGGAGAACAUCUCGUCCCGGAGCAGCGAGGGCUCCGACGAGGAGUACGGCAGCCCCGUGACCCGGCAGAGCGCCGCCGGUUACCCCAACAGGCUGAACUACAUUGCCUUGAACCUGCUGGACAACCGGGACGUUGAGAAAUGCGAGGACCUGGCUGGCUUCAAGCCCACCAGCAGCUGCAAAGGGGGCAUCAAUGGAUUACACAGCUCGCCAUAUGUCUGUUUGGGAUUCAAGGAGGCUGCAACCACUGCCAAAGACUGAAGGACUCGUCUAUCCUCUGACUUGGCGUCUUCACCGACUUGCUGCUUGGAAAAAAAACAAAUCUUUGCCCUUCCACUGGGCUUUCUGUGGCCCUCAAAGACUGUCUGGACCCUCGACAACACCCACACACACUUAGGAAACAAGCAGGUCACACUCUAUGCAUGUCAUGAAUUCGCUUGAGGCAAGACAGGUGUGUUUGUGUACGUGUGUGUGUGUGGGUGGAUGUGCGUGAUGUUGUGUAUUGGGGCAUUUUAUGUUCCCUGUGCUUUCAGAGGCCAUUUUUCCUUUUGACCCAUAUUUUUCAGUGCAAGCACAGAAGCAAAGAUAGUCAGAUACUAACUAAUGGUACCCAGAUACUGUUUAUUUUCUUGGGGGUGGUUUUCUGACUGCCUGUAUGAGUGCGAGUGUGUUUCUGAGACGACCAACCAGUAUGACAGUGAACAAUAAAACCUAUAGAAACAGCCCAGGGAGAAGGAAACCAAGGUACACUGAGUAUAUAACUAUAUUUAGAUUAGAUAUGUUAUUUAUUUUUGAAAGAUGAAUGUCUGAUAAGACCUACCCGAUGCCUUAAUGUCUAUACUGUCCUUAUGUUUUCUAUGGAAUAAGAGAUAAAUAUUCUAUUAUGGUACGUCUGUUUGGACCUACAUCUCUAUAUUGUUAUUCUGUUGUGAAAAAGUAAAAAGCCUAGCUUACCGUUAAAGAUAUUAUUUCUGAAAUGUACAGUACAGUGGAGCUGCUUGAGAUCUGAUUUAUCUUAUUGAUAUUAAAGUAUUUUCUUAAUUACUAAUUUCUUAUUUAUUCUAACCUAGUUUAUUUUUUGUCCAAUCAAAGAGCUGGACUUAAAGAAAUAUAUUUCUAAAUGUCUUUAAGAGUUAUGCAUGUCUCUAUAACUCAGCUCAGACCCCACAACACCAGGCAUCUGAAUGCACUGUACCUCCCACAGUUCCUCAGUCACUUGAGCCUGAAAACCUCACACACUCCUACCUUCAAACCUACAGCCUGCUGUGAUAUCAUUUGACGGUACAACUGUAUAAUCGAGGUGGUGACCGAGGGUUGGAGCCAGUGGAAACUGUUAAGAUUGAGGCACAGUCGAGACAGUUUCUAGGGGAAAAGUGUUAACCGUGCUGGACAACCACUGAGGGGGGGGGGAUCUACAACACAGAGAAAGUAGAAUAAGAGCAGCCAACAGCCACAUCUGGAGCCAUCAUGAAGGUUCACUGGAGAACCAGCUGUCUGGAAAAUAUAUCUAAACGGCAGACAGCACAAAAAGUUUGAUCAGGCUGAAGAGAAUUAUGUAACAUUACAAGUUAAAACAAGACUAUGUUGCUAUAUUAUAUAAGUGGGACUGUAACAGGAUAAUGCUAAAUGCUAAAAUACAGUGAAUGCUAUUAGUAGAACACACUGCAAAAAAAGAAAAGUUGGGUGAACUCAAAAUUUCAAGGCAACAAACUUCUAUAAAAUUUUAAGUUGGACAAUUAAACUAAAUAUUUUAAGUUUUGUUUUUGAGUUUGCGCGACUCUGAAUUCUCAACUGUAAGUUGUACUAACUUAUAAUUUUACAUUGUAAUAACUUUUAAUCCUUACUUCUGCUAACUUCUGCAAUGUGCUGAAUUGGCACGAUUGUAACGCUGCUAUGAAAUGUCAGCUAAUGUUGCGACCACAAUUUUGAGCUAGCAUUGAUACGCUAAUGGCUACUCUUGUAGCUGUAACAAGCAGCGCCGCUAGCAUCAGUUAGCCGCUAGCAUCAGUCAGCCGCUAGCUUUUGCUAAUGACCAAAUUUCACAGCUUUCCCGCAUUUCACAACAAAGAAAUAAGAGUUGGCAGAACUAUUGUCCCUUGUUGUGAACCCCAACUUACAGAUAUAAGUAACAACAACUCACAAACUUGAAAUGCCCUAAAUGUCAAUAAUUUAUAUUUCCAAGUUUUACCAACUUAAAUCAGUUUUAGGCCAAAAAAAUCCAAGUUGGGUUUUUUGCAGUGCAGUUAGACAAGAAAAGUCAUUGUAAGGUUAUAAGUUUUGAUCUGAAUAAACUUUGGAUCUCCAGUCAAAAUGACAAGCGAUGAACCUGGAAAUGUCUGUUAAAAGGCAGUUAUAACAUGAUGUGAAGCUCUCCUGACUGUGUGUCUUAUUGUCCCACUCCACUCGGCUCUCAGCCCCUUUAGUGUACAGUAGAUUGUAAAACUUUAAACCAUGUCUGAAUGUAUCGCUGAGCUGGUGGGAGCACCACAGAAACACAAUGUGGGGAACGGUUUCGACAGAGUUUAAUAAUAAUAUUGGAGCUGUAUUUAUCUUCAGAGUCUUGAAUGUGUAUAUUGUGUACAUAGAGAGAGUUUAACUAAAAACAAUCUAUUGAAAAUACAUAGAGUACUUAGAUUUAAACUAUGUUGCAAUGAUAUUCCUGUGUAAAGACUUUGGCUACCGAUUUUUAAAAAGGGGACGGGGUUUUUGCUUUGGGGUUGUACAGUGUAUUGUAUGCUUUUCUCCCUCACAGUCUCUGUGACUAUAUGAAAAAAUACUCUGUCUAUUUUAUUAUAGAGAUCUCUUUGCCUUGUUGACACACUUUACCUAAUGGCAUAUGCAAUAGUGACAUGAAUACAAUCUAGUUUACAACUGUGGAACCAAAUGUAACAUUGCAUUGAUGAUUAAUUUUCUGUUUGUGGUGGGCAGAAGCUGCUCUGCUCCUUGUACAUUUCUCUUUCUGCCAAGUGUUUUGUUUUUGUCUCUGGGAACUUUCUCGUUUCUCGACACGUCUCAAAGCGCUUUUUCCCCAUUUCUGUGUCCAUGACUUCUUUUACAGAUUGAUCUUGGAUUGACUCAGUAUGAAUGUGUCGUUGUCUUCCAUUGUACAUAAUUCAAUAUACUGUUUAUCGUGAUGCUCACAAGAGAUGAUUAUAAUGAUUUAUAAAUUCUGGUAGUCGAGUAUUGCUUUUGUCUGUAUUGAUUAUGGAUAGCAACCUAUGAAAAUAAAUGAUUUAUUUAAA